AUGACUUUGCCGGUCGUAUGCAGUCAUGCGGAACCGAAUGCUGGGGUUGUACAAGUUUGCACUGUGGGCGAUACACUUAGCGCAACGAAAGUGGAUAGACUCAGAAGAGAUCUUGGAUCUGGUCAUAUACUGAUUACUCAGCACUUCAAUGAGAAAAUUAUUACGCCGGGGGAAGAUGUCAGCCUCCAAUGUGCAGCUACAGCGGAUAGACCUCCUAGAUUUAUAUGGGAACGAGACGGUGUGGUGAUAUCUUCUAACACAGAUCAAAGGUACACUCUUGGUCAAAUGAUGUCUCCAACAGGCGUUGGAGUUAUAUCCCAUCUGAAUAUAACACGGACGAGAGUCGAAGAUGGAGGACUGUACUCGUGCAUCGCUCUGGAGGGUGACCAGAGUGCUUCACACGUUGCCAGAUUGGAUAUUUACGGUCCACCAUACAUAAGAUCGCUGCCACCAAUCAAAGUGCAAAGUGGGGAACCUCUAAAACUUCGUUGUCCAUAUUAUGGAUAUCCAAUCAGCAAAUUAGAAUGGGAGCACAAAGGUCGGAAAAUCAUCAGCUCUACUUUACCCCAACACGCACGCUACAAACGAAUGAAUACAAACACAUUGUUGAAAAAGAGAAAACGUAAGAAAAGACAAAUCUUUGAAGCUGGUACAGAUGGAGUUUUAGACAUACCUAGAGUUAUGAAGGAAGAAAAUGGAGAUACUUAUACUUGCAAUGUUUAUAGUCCUUCCGGUGAAAUGGCUAGACGAUCCUUCGAAAUUCAAGUAGUAGAAGCACCAGAACUAGAUGAGCUACGAGUUGGAUCAGGAUUAAAAGAGGGACAAAUUGUUCAAAUCACAUGCAACAUUAUAAGUGGAGAUCCUCCAAUUUACUUUUCUUGGCUGAAAGAUGGAAAGAAAAUUCCCGCUAAUUUGAGGAUAACUGAAAGGAGUUCGGAGUUAUUCAGCGUGCUGAUAAUAAAGAGAGUAUCAUUGGAACACUGCGGAAAAUACAUCUGUAUUGCGACUAACCACGUAGGCAAAGUGAACCAGACUGCUGAUCUUUAUAUCAAUGUGGCUCCUAAAUGGGUAGAAGAACCGACAAAUACAUCGUUGCUUUUGGGACAGCGUGGUAUGGUAUACUGCAACGCUAAUGGAUAUCCUUCGCCUCAGAUCCAUUGGAUGAAGAGAGAUGCGACUCUAGGUAUCUGGCGACCGGUACUCGACCUCGCUGGGGGUGGCAUCAUGAGCUACCCAAACGGGACCCUCGUGAUAGAAGUAGUUUCACUGUCUGAUGAAGGAAUGUAUGCUUGCAACGUUGAGAAUGGAAUUGGAGAACCUUUGAGCAAAAAUUUGUGGAUUAGUGUGAAUAAGCCAGUACAUUUCGACUCAGUGGGAACGAAUCUGACGACGAAGAUGGGCCUGCCAGUCACAUUAACCUGUCGACCUAUGGGAGACAAUCCCAUUAGAGUCAAGUGGUCAGUAAAUGCAUCGCCGGUGGAUUUCACUCCUUCAAGCAACUUUGGAAUUACAUACUAUAAUCUAAGCUGGAAAGAAGCUAAUGGUGCCUGGCAAGAUACCUGGUCAAACAAAGGAAUGUUAAUACAAGGCUCCGAAGAAUAUACUCUUAAAGGGCUCAAAUGUGGUACUAAAUAUUCUUUAAGAAUGACAGCUGCUAAUAGUGUUGGCGCUUCACAGCCUACUUACGUCGAUGCUACUACUUUGGGAGGAGUUCCAAUUUCACCAACGAGCACUGAAUGGUUCUGGAGCAAUGCAAGCCAUAUCUACAUCCAACUGAGCGGCUGGGAUGACAAUGGUUGCGAAAUCAGUCGAUGGGAAGUGGAAUAUCGGGAAUACGGAAGCAAAGGAUGGAAGAAAGCUGAGAAUCGAGUACCACAAAUAGAACAACAAUGGAACUUCCCUUCCAGUCUACUCAGUCAACCAAACUCCUUCGUUAUAGCAGACCUUGAACCAGCUCAGUGGUAUCAGAUAAGAGUGACGUCUGAGAAUUCUGCUGGCAUUUCCACUUCUACUUAUAAUUAUGCUACAACUACUUUGUUGGGAGAAUCCAUUGGACCACCAUCAGAGGUCAUCGACAUAAACAUGCUUGUCAUCAUAUGCAGUUCAAUACUGCUGACUAUAUGCUCUCUUACUUGCGUUUACAUCCUCGUCAAGAGACAUAACCAUCAACGCUUAACCGAAUACAGGAACUCCCUAACAGUGGAGUGCAAGUCAGAACGCAGUAAUGUAACUGCGAACACUCCUCAGAGCGUGCAGAACGACAAUAACAGAGUGUAUAGCACGCCUAUACAUUUGCCUGCUGAAAAUAAACAUGAAUUGUACGAGAUAAGUCCUUACGCACAGUUCGCGAUCGGCUUCCGGACAUUCGGCCACGUGGACAACCAAGAAGUACCGACCAGAAUGCAUCUACCUGGUAAUAGUAAAUCUCGAUAUGAUAGCGAAACGAGCUUUCAAAUGAGAUCAGAAUCAGAGGAGAGCGAUUGUGUUUCGCGAACAACGACUCUCAAAAGCGCACCAAGAAAAGCCUGUAGAGUACCGCAUCACAGGUAGCUGAAGAAGAGAAGAAUCAUUAGCUAGUAUAUACUUAGAAAUACAUUUAUGAAUGGUUGUGUUCAUUUUACAUUGUAAUACAAUAGACAGUAAUUUGGAAAUGUAAUUUUGUAU